AUGAUCGAAAGCAACAGCGCGUUCCUGUCACGAACAUGCAUGAGAAAUGAUUUGAUGUCUCUAGGCGUACUCAAAGGGAUUGCACUAGUGACCGGAACGAAGCAUACAUUGCUAGGUCGAGAAGUUCGUCGUCUGAUGGAGUGUGAGAACAGGGAUAGGGUAAUACAAGAACCACCAAAAGAGACUCUGGAUCGUCGCUCACCUAUAGAUCUGCUGUUCGAGUGGUUUGAUAACUCAGAAAAUAGCAGCGAAGUGCUGAGAAAGUACCAGCUCCUCCACAUGUUGGCUGAAAAUCCUAGAAUGCCAUCUACAAAGUGGGAAUGUCUGAUGUCUAGUAUCUCAAAAAUCUUGGAAGCUAAAAGCGUUGUGAUGAGAAGAGGAAGAUCAGAUGCUAAAAAGGAAACUAACUCAAGCCUUAGGCGACCUUAUCCUGACAUUCUGAAUGUUAGCGCCGAAGAUACCGUUUCGCCUCGAGACUGUACACAACAGAUAAGUUCGGCGUCAACCAGUCCGGCACCAUCGGAUCCGGGUGAAGAGAAACCUAAUGUUAUUGCUGCGUCACCGAAGCGGAACUCCUUGGAAUCCGACAGUCUAGUGCUGAUGACAAAUGCUCCAUUGCCUAAAAUGAAAGUGAGACCACGGUGAGU